GGCGUGGCCACCUGCUGCUAGGGCAGUGACGUCGUGGUGGCCGGACACCUGUUACCUGUCCUCCUCCCGAGAGCCGCGCGAACAGCCGGUGCACCGAGCGCUGACCCCGGGCGUCAGGAGACCGAGCGGAGGGGCCUUCAUGCGGUUCCGGUAAAGACCUCUCCCGGGCGGCUGCAGUGGACGCUUCUCCUGUGGGUCACGCACUGGAAGCGCCGUUCUCCAAGGACGAACUUUCCCCUCAGUAGCAGUCAGCAGCCCCAUGGCCGGGGAGGUGCCCGACAUCCCCGACGACUCCUCGUUCCUGUCUUUCCAGGCGCAGUGCGAGUCCAAUGAGGGCUGGACCUGUUACUACAACAAGCCGGGCAUCGGGGUGUGGAUGAAGCCCCCGAGCGGGAAGACGUGCCCGGUGCACACCGUCAAGGGAUGCAUGACCUUCCCAGAUGUCCCGGCUGAAACCGUAUAUGAUGUUUUACACGAUGCAGACUAUCGCAAGAAGUGGGACCUAACCAUGAUCGAAACCCGGGAUAUCGCUCAGCUCUCUGUGAACGCAGAUGUGGGAUACUACUCCUGGAAGUGUCCUAAUCCUGUGAAGAAUCGAGACGUGGUCACGCUGCGCUCAUGGCUUGUGUUGCCGGAUUGUUAUAUGAUCAUCAAUUUCUCUGUUAAGCACAGCAUGUAUCCCCCCCGACGAGACUUGGUCCGAGCGGUGUCCUUUAUUGCGGGAUACCUUAUUAAAGUCAACAGUCCUACAAGCUGUACACUUACCUAUCUGGCACAGGUAGAUCCCCGAGGUUCCUUACCAAAAUGGGUAGUAAAUAAAUCCUCCCAGUACCUGGCACCAAAGAUUCUGCGGAAACUGCACAAGGCAUGUCUGCAAUAUCCAGCCUGGAAGAAGAAGAACAACCCGGAGUUCAAGCCGUGGCUAAACCCAGAGCAGAAUGCAUUACCUCGAAUAUCCCUUAAUGAGCUGUCCCUGCAAAGAGCAGAGUCCCUAGAACAUGUGGAUGAAAGUCAGGUGUGCGAGGAUAAAGACGACCGAGCAGACAGCGAUGACGAGGAGAGGAAAAGUGCCAAAAGAUGAUCAACAAGCACAGACUGCUGUGAGUGCACCAUAAUGAAGUGUUUCCAGCUCUCUUCCUGCUUGGCACACAAGCAGGCCUUUAUGUACCAAAAGUAAGGCUUUACAUCAGAGAGGAACAGACAAAUGCUGCCCCCCCCCCUUCACAAAAAGAAAAAACAACCAACGUCUCACGUGACCGAAUAACUGAUCUGCCACGCGUUAAUACAGUUAAGUCUUCCAAAAUAAUUAAAGGGGUGGUCCAGCUUUUUGGCCUUUUUAACUUGACAGCUUGCAUUAUGUUGACAAAUACUCCACACUACUCAUACUCCCCUGCUUCCCAUCUCUCCAUACUGGCUCCCCAAAAGUUAAAGAAGCACUCCCAUGAACAUUUGUAACAGGUCAGAGAAUAA